UCCUCUUAAAAAGAUGAUAAAUAAAGUCAUUUUUUUUGCAGGUUGUCCCACAGAAGAUCUUAGUGUUCCAUUUGAAACAAGAGAGUUUGGCUGGUAUGACUACUUAAAAAGUGCAAAACAGGACUUCAUCGGUCGUAGUUGGCUUUAUCGAGAGGUGGAAUCUGUCCUCGAUCAUCCGUUCCAAGGAAAUGGUAUAACUGGAGUUCUGAUCAUCGGGGAUCCAGGAACUGGAAAGUCUGCCGUAUCUGCUCAAUUAGUUUGCUCCCGUACAUCAAGUCGUGCCAUUCAUGACCACAUAUUGGGAUAUCAUCUGUGUAAACAUUCUGACAAGAAUACACAAAGUGCAGGCAAGUUUGUUCGUAAUUUAGCAGGGAUGAUAGCACAGAGAAUCCCAGAAUACGGUAUCCUUGUCUCAAACAGUUCGUACAUUCUACGCUCACUACAAACUGACUGUAUAACCAAUCAAGAUCCUGUAGGAUGCUUCGAACAAGCAGUCUUGUCACCCUUAAAAAGCCUGAAAAAUAUACCAAAGGAGAAAUGGUUUAUCGUCGUAGACGCACUGGAUGAAUGUCUCGCUCAAACAGAAACAAGUCACAGCAUUGUUUAUUUGCUCAACAAUAAGCCUCCUCGGUUUCCAUUUUGGCUGAAGCUUGUGAUGACAUGCCGUAACGAAUCGCGUGUUUCCUUUAAUUCGGAUGCCAUCACAAAACUGAACUUUAACCCUGGAGAUCCCCGAAACAUGGAAGAUAUUGAACUGUUUUUAACUAUGAAGUUAUAUCGACAAGGUCCACUUCUUUACAAAAUUAGGUCUUGGUUUGGAGACAGUAGCAUUGAAACCGCAGAAAAGCUUAUUUCUGCUCUUGUAAGCAAAAGUCAGGGGAACUUUCUGUUUGUGAAAGAGAUGAUUCAUCACUGGGAAUCCUCAAAAGUCACUAAUAGUGAUCCCUAUGCACUGCCUGAAAAUCUUGGGGAAUUGUACCACAGUUUUUUCCAACGGUUGUACGAUGGACGAGAACUGUUCAAACCGGCCCAACGAGUUUUAGAAAUAUUAGUGGCAACGUUCCAUCCAAUGACGGAACGCGACAUUUUUGACGUUCUCAAAACGAACGAAAAAAAUUUAGAAGGCUAUGCUUUUCGUGAAACAAUAAAAGAACUUGGUCAUUUCAUAAGAUAUGGAGAAAAUGAAACCCUGACACUGUAUCACUUGUCUUUAACCGAGUGGCUCACAAGCGAAAGAAAUAAACAUGGCCUAUUUUAUGUCAGCAAAAAGAGAGGUCACGAAGUGUUUUGCGAUUACUACUUUCGACUUAUUACUGAUGGCGAUAACUUUUCGCUGCCAAAACACAUACUUACUUUGGCACGGCACAUAGCCUACGGUGGUUGGAAGGAGGAGUAUGUUAAAGAAUUUCUUAGUUUCCCUUCUCAGGUUGUCAAUUCGUCAGAUCCUGAAAGUAAUAAAACACUACUACACCUUGCAGCUACUAUUAAUAGUACAGACGUUUUAGAGCUGUUGUUACACCAUUUUAGCUGCAUUGACUGCACUGACAGUUAUGGAGUGACACCUGCAUUUUUGGCGGCAGAACACGGACUGGUAAACAAUCUGGCUUUAUUAACGAAGAAGGGAGCUAAAGUGAAUCGUAAAACAAAGUCAAUUGUGUUAAGCUAUACAACGAAUAGAGAAGAUAAAUCUGAGAUACACGACAAAGAUUUAUCCUCAAACCUGCAUGAAAUAAAAUCAAAAUUCCGAGGAGCCACAAUGCUUCAUGCCGCAGCUCAAAGAGGCCACUUGAAAGUUAAGUUCCUACUCGACAAUGGUGCAUUCAUUUCAGCAGUUAGUGAUGCCAACCUAACAGCACUCCAAGUUGCUGCUGAGAAUGGGCAUUUUGAAGUCGUUGAAGCUCUGUACAAAUCCGGCGGGGUUGCAGAUCAAAUCGCUUUACAUCAUGCAGCUGUAAACAACAGGCUAAAGGUAGUAAAAUACCUUUUAGAUAUUGGUGUUGAGGAUAAAUGCAUGAGAUGCGAUGGGUCGCUCUACUGGCUAAAAACGAAGCACCGUGCACAAAGCAGAACUAAGCGACACCAUGUUAGAGUUCCUGUUAAAAGUCACUGCAAACCACAGUAUGAGACACAAGGUGUUAACGGUUUAGAUGAUGAGUGUUUUGAUCGUGAUAAAAUCUCAAAAGGAGCAUAUUUUGGGGAGCUGUUCGACGACAAACAUUUAAUUUUUUGUGAGACUGCACUCCACGCCGCAGUUUCGUCAGGACAUAAUAGCAUAGUUAAAGAGCUCGUUUCAAGAGACACGCGGACGUUGGCAUGUCAUGACUACUCAGGAAGGACACCAAUGCACGAAGCCGUUCGAACAAAUAACUCUGAAAUGGUACAGUUUUUGCUCAAAAAAGAUGCAUCAAAGGUACGUUCAACAUGUGAUCAUUGGCAAAAUAUACGACAGCAAGAUGAUGCCAUGCCUGAUUUGUUGUUCACUUGUGAAGAGUCUAUUGACUAUCACGGAGAUGUUUGCCACUGUGGUUACACUCCUCUUCAUCUCGCUGCGCGUUAUGGGCACUGGAAAAUUGCGCUUAAUCUUUUGAAAGCUGGGGCAGCCGUUGGGGCUCAGGACUGCUCUGGCGCAACGCCACUUCAUGUAGCUGCUUGCCACAAUCAUUUGGAAAUGAUACUUCUACUUUUAAAUCGCGGUGCACAGGUAUUAGGUAGAACGUUUAAUCGAUCGACACCUCUUCAUAGCGCUGCAGCAUGUGGUGCUGUUAAGGCAAUUAGAUUCUUACUUUAUCAUGGAGCAAGCCUUGAUGAAGUUGACGAAAGUGCUUUCACACCAUUACAUUAUACAAUUCGUACAACAAAUUCAAGUCAUCUUGACGAGAAAUUCCUCCUGAAUGUGAGUAGUAAGAGCGAAUCGUACCCUAGUCCAUUGGUAUCAGUUGACAGACGAGGGAAACUUGCUAAGUUUUUUAAAGAAAACUACCACUGGAGUAACACACUUCUUUAUCCGUGGUUAGAUGCUUUACUCUGUUUGAUCUUACAUGGUGCUGAUAUUAAUGCAGUUGAUUUAAAUGGUCGCACAGCCUUACAUCUGGCAGCUGAAAACGGUUUGGCUGACGCAGUCAACGUUCUUUUGCAGAGAAAGGCAAAGCUUGAAAUACGUGACAAGACUGGGAAAACUCCUUUAGAAUUAGCAGUCGAAAAGGCCACGGUCUUACCAGAGCACCUGCACUUUAUCCUUUUGGGAAAAAGCUUUGACGAAAUGAAAGGGUAUUUGCGGGAUCAUGACAUGGUCGUAUACCUUCUUCUCUCAUCCGGUGUUUCAUUUACAAAGUGUAAUCGUUCUGGUGAAAGCCUAUUACACCGGGCUGUUCUAAAUAACCAGCCAUACAUCGCAAAGCUGCUUCUAAUGAAGGGAGCUAACAAGAAUUGUAAAGACAAGUUGGAAAGAACACCUCUCGUAGCCUUUUUACAAAAUGGUGGAGAUUGGCCGAUAGCAAAGGCAGUGUUUUUUAAUGGUCCAGUAAAGAUUGAAUGUGGAAAGCCAUUGGACUCAUCUGUAUUUCAUCUAAUGUGUUAUCACUCUCCGAAACUAGAAGGUUAUAAUUUCUUUCAACAAAUCUCGUGCGACAAUCGCAAAUGCUCAUCAAAAAAGAGUCCUUUAGUAACAGCUAUUGAAAAUCAUCCUUUAAAGUACAAAGUGAUCGAUUCCUGUUUGGAUGCUGAAGGAUUUACACCUUUGCAAAGAGCCGCACAAGGAGCAAACUUAAUCGCUGUUCGCAACCUCAUAAAGCAUGGUGCAAACGUGUCCUUGCGAAGUCCACAGGGGCAUGACGCCUUGACACUGGCCAUACUUCAGGGAGGAAAUAAUGUAUGGUCAUUGUUUAGGAGCGAUCGUCAUCACUGGAUGGAUGACGCUUCUGACGUGGCUUUAGAGCUCCUCCACUAUAAAAUGAAGAGUGGUUUCCAAAUCAUGUGUGAUUCCAGGAAAGCUGAACUAACUCUAUACCAUUUGGCAGCUUCCCGCGGCCUGAUAAAAUUUAUUAAAAGGAUCUUCAAAGAUAGGAUGCUCCAUAAGCUACAUGUAGAUUGUCCUAACAAGGAUGGAAUUACUCCGAUGUAUUUGGCUAAGUUGUUCAGUAACCUGACUGGAAAGGGUCACUAUAACUCAUGGUUUGAAGUUGAACAGUUUAUUGAAAAUCAGGGAGGUCAACUAAAAUAUCCCAGCAGGGAAACUGAGUAUAAUGUAAUUUAUAAAAGGUUGCAUGGCUGGAUUCCAAACGAUCUGCAGUUUAAUUUAAGGCCAGACAUUGGUGGUUUUGUUGUUAGACUUUUAUCUACUUAUGGGCAUUGGCCGACUAGUUCUAUGCAUUGCCAGAUAAACAACUUAGAAAAUCACCACUUGCAGAUAGGUAGCGCCUCGUUGACUUUGAACUUGUCCAAAGAGCUAUUGCAAAGUCUUCCCCGUUGCAAAGGUCAUCAUGAUUUUGUCUGUUAUAAAGUAAGGCGUGCUUUGAAAGACUUAGAACUUUGUCAGAAACAUAUGCGUGAAAUACGGUUUUUGUGGUUAGCGUUUUCUUCAUUUGCGAGGAGAGUUUCCAUCAAGGCUCCACUAGAUUUAAAUUUAAACAAUGCAAGGCUUUCUUUCUUCUACUUAAUGAGAAUUUGGCAUAAGGAAGUAUUCGAGCACUUUGCAUGUUAUAAAAAGAUCUUUGACAAAUAUCGACCAUUUUUCUUGGAUGAGAGAAAGUCCAAGCAGCUUAUUCAGCUAUAUGAAAACAGCACCCCACAGUGGUAUGUGAACAACAUUUGCUUCGAUUUUGAGUUAGCGUAUCAGGCUUAUUUACUGCAUUAUUCCAAGUAUCCAGAAUUGAUGAUGUUUUACCAUGUGUAUCCAACCUUUGUACGGGAGAGAAUGGGAUGGACUGUACACCAGCUGAGUGGCUAUAAUGGUUCUUGGCCGAUAGAGUUUCUCGUAAAGUUUUCGUUAGGGCUUUAUCGUCACUAUGAUUAUUUAAAAAUUCUUAACGUUGGUUUAGAACCAAAAACCUAUGUUUCCUUGUAUUCAGACGAAUUAAGGGAAAUUAUUAAAAAUAGCUUUGGGAGGUUUGCGGACUGAUACAACAUUUGUAUACAACCGUAUCAUACGGGUUAAGUUAUGAUGUCCCAAUGGAUUUAUCUAACU